CUUACUUUCCAGUUUCCAGGGCGCAUAAUGCCCAUCACUGGAGAAUAUCUUCGCUAUUGUAAGCCCAAGGUUUCUCUUUUACGUUAUAACAUUAACACCCCAAUAAAAGCCCCAUUUUCUCCUUCAAUCAAGAAAAACAAAAAACCCCAGAAAUUUCUAAGCUACAAACAAGUGUAAUAAUGGAGUUUCACUUGCCAAAAGAGUUGACACACCAAAUACUUAUCAGAUUGCCUGUAAAAUCCCUGCUUCGUUUCAGGUGUGUUUGUAAAUUAUGGUGCUCAAUUAUUAGUAAAUCCGAUUUCAUGCUUUCAAAUCUGCAACAUAAGCAGUAUAAUGUGUUGUUUAGACAAUAUUUGUUGGAUUUUAAAGAAGAAAUUUAUAGCUUACAUGCAGAUGAUGAAAGAAGGCAGGAAAUUGAAACAUUUAAUUUUCCUUUUAAGAGCAUUUCUGAGUAUUUUUCAAUUGUGGGUUGUGUUAAUGGGUUAGUAUGUUUGUGGGAUAAAGACUCAAACACUUUGAUAUAUUGGAACCCUGCUAUUAGAAAAUGUUACAUGAUUCCUAAGUUUGAACUGGAACAACCCAUUAGAAAGAAGAAAAGAUUGAGAUUCAUUAGGCCUGCGUCGAUUGUUCGUGAUAUGUGUUUUGGAUUUGGAUAUGAUGCUUUGUUUAAUGACUAUAAAGUUGUAAGGAUUAUUUUCUAUAAUAAGGUGAUAGAUGAAAGUAAUGACUUUGUUUUCAAAAGUUCUGUUGCUGUAUUUUCGCUCCGUAGAAAGUCGUGGAGACGAAUUGAUUAUUCUGCUCCGUUAGCGUUGUACUCUCGUUCGUGUAAUGUGGGUGGUUUUGUGUAUCGGUUGACACAGAUAGAGAACCAUGGGUUCGAGAUUGUGUCCUUUAAUUUGAGUUCUGAGGUGUUUUCGAAGAUAGGGUGUCCUGAUGAUGUUAAGUCUGUUUUGCGAUGUAAAACUGAGUUAACUAUUUUUCGUGACUCUCUUGCUCUAAUGCAUGAAUGGGAUUGCAAGAGAUACCACAUUUGGGUUAUGGGAGAGGGUGUUGAAGCUAAGUCAUGGAUGAAGCUGUUUUCAGUAGACUUGGAUGGACGUGCAAUGGGGCUACGUAUAGUUGGGUUUAGUAUGAAAGGACUAAUGUUAGUGGUUGGGGAAGGUGAUGUGUUAGUUACGCCUGUUGUGGAGGAUGCACAAGUUGUGAAAUAUGUGCCUCCUGUUCCUCAAACUGCCUGGCAUGUGGAGUCCUACAAAGAGAGUUUAGUUCUUCUCAAGGGGGGUGAUAAUCUACCCUUGCCUCCAGCGAACUUUGACAAUGCCGAGCAGCUGGAAAAUGAGCUAGCAGAGCAUUGAUGGAUCUGUAAGGGUAACGAAGUUCAUGGUGCGUAUUUAGGGGGUGUUUGGUUUGGAGGUUUCAAGAAAGGAAAUGAUGGUAAAGGGGUUAUUCCUUUCCUUUGUCCUCGUUUCUCAUUCUGGUUUCCUUUCCAUUACCCCUUUAUGAACCCAACGACCCCUUGGUCUAAAUGGGCAUCAAUUUUGGAGAGGAAGCUAUGGGCUACCGCAGUGGAUUUAGACAGUUAGAUUUAUAACUUUUGGCCUUAAGCUGGUUUUUGGUUCUAUCUUUUUAUUCUAGUUUUUGGAACUUAGGCCUUGUGGAACUUAGGCGCUGUUAGAUUUAGCUCUAAACUGUUUACAUGCUCAACCAGGGGAGUCUAUCAUCUAGUUUAUCUAGUUGACAACAAUACUUCCCCAAGUUCUGUCAAAGGAUGCUGUUGGGCUUGUUCUUUUUGGAUGUAGUGAACUUCUCUCCCCCCCUAACUUCCUCUUCAUCCCCAAAAGAAGUAAAAUCUCUGCUUCGUUUAAGAUGUACCUGCACCCAGUCAUCAGGUUUGCCAGUAAAAUCUGCUUCGUUUAAGAUGUGUUUGUAAAUCUUGGUGCUCUCUCAUUAGUAAUUCCGAUUCAUUACGUCACACCUAGACCUACAUCUAUAAUCAAACUGCUGCAAACCAUAAUUUGCUACGUUUUAGGAAAUACGAUGCUAAUUCCAGACAAAUAUAUAGCUUACAUGCUGAUAAUCAACAACUCCAACCAAGAAAUUGAAACCCUUAAUCCCCCUUCUCAGAGUUCUUAUAGAAUUUAUGUGGGUUGUGUUAAUGGAUUAAUCUGUUUACUGUUUACAGCAAAGCGAACCCAUUUCCUAUAUGUUUUGGAAUCCUGCCAUUAGAAAAUGCUUAUUCUUCCUGAAUUUGAAGUGGUAAAAUCCAUCAUGAUCAGAGUACUGAGGUGUUCACGGAGAUUGUGUGUCCUGAAAAUAUUACUGUAUCUAAUCUGCGCUGCGGAACUCAGUUGACAAUGUGGCGCAACUCUCUUGCACUGCUCCAGGGGUGGGAUCGCACAUUUGGGUUAUGAUAGAGGAGGGUGUGGCUAAGUCAUGGAUGAAAUUAUUCUCAUUAGAUCUUGAAGAAGGUAUGCCAGCCCAACAUAUAGCUGGGGACUGGGGUUACUAUGAAAGGACUAAUACUAGUGCUUGGGGAUGUGGCAGGUGUUGUGGUUUUUACACCUGCCAAUUGCCAUGGAGGAUGUACAAGUGAAAUAUGUUCAGUUUGGCUCUUAUUUGGGAUCGUACAAAGAGAGUCUAGUUCUACUUGAGGAGUGAGAUAAUCUAUGCUUGUCAGUUGGCACCACCUAACUUUGACGAUAAAGCUGGAAGCACAUUCAUGGAUUUGCAAGUAAUUUUGUUGCUAAUUGAUCUUGUCAAAGUUGCAUUUCUUGUGGAUUUUGUUUUGGUUGUAUCCUCAUGAUGUUUAUUGUA